UUCCUCCUGAACGGGCCACACGGACGUGCAUGGCCCCAUCCCCUUGCUUAGCGAUGAAUCCUGCGCAGGGGUCGCCGUCCCAGGACGCCAAACCGCUCCAUCCGAAGGAGGAGACGGACACUGAGGGAGAGGAGCCGCAGCCCAAAGACAUGACCACCGAGAAAGGAUACAAACGGAGCAGCCUCCCGUUCAGCGUCGAGUCGCUGAUUUCCAAGAAGUCCACCUGUCGGACUUCUUAUCCCUCCUCAGACUUAGCGCUGGUGCUCCCGAAGCCCGCGGCGGGGCAGUUCUCUCCAAGGACUUUUUACGCGGAGAGUAAAGUGGCCGCGGAGAGCUCGCAGGGUGUUUCGAGUAGCUCCAGCGAAGACAGCCCGCAGUUCUGUGAGAAAGAUCAGAGCACUUGGUACCAGCCGUCCUCCUUUUCUACACCUCCUCGCAGCACAAGUCCACCUCCGUGUACUUUAAGGAAACACAAAAACAACAGGAAACCUCGGACACCUUUCACUACCUCUCAGCUGCUGGCGCUGGAGCGCAAGUUUCGCCAGAAGCAGUACCUCUCCAUCGCCGAGCGAGCCGAGUUCUCCAACUCGCUCAACCUGACGGAGACUCAGGUGAAAAUCUGGUUCCAAAACAGGAGGGCCAAGGCCAAGAGACUGCAGGAGGCCGAGCUGGAAAAGUACAAACUGGCCUCCAAGCCCGUGCUGCCCGCCUUCGCUCUGCCGUUCCCUAUCGGUGCGCACAUGGGCUCUCCAACGUGGGGCCCGUCGAACGCCUUCCAUAGGCCCAGUAUGCCGGUCCCAGGACUCUUCAGUGGACCCGUCACUUAUGGGAUGUACUAUUUGUCUUAGUUAUCCUUUGUGUGUGCGUGCGUGUGUGUGUGUGUGUUUGUGGUUUUAAGAGGAAAACAAGUUUUCUGGUUGCAAUACGCGCACGAGGAUGGUGCGUCCUUAACACGUUGGAAAUUUAUAUUUUAUAUUUGGAGUUUAAAGAAAACAUUCCUAACAUGCAGCAUUGAAAACGAUUACAAUCGUUCGCACGUUUUGACAUAUACAACAAGUGCGUGCGUAAUCGAACUGAGUGCGUUCAGUUGCUCUGCGCAUGUUGUGUCAAGUGCUGUGGCUUGAGGAUCCACAGGCCUUUCAUGCAAUAAUCCAAUUGUAAAUGUCAGGUUUUUAAACGCCAUGCCUUAAAACGUCUCACUCCCUUCACUUCAGCAGUUUGUGAAGGUGGAUAUUGAAAGUGUGAUCAAACAAGGAGGCAGUAUUCUGCUCAUAAGUACUUAAAUGGUGUCAGUGCCUUAAGCCCAGUGUAUCACUUGAAGUUGUCCCUGCUCAUUCAGCACUGACUGUUUUCUGUCCACGCACAGUUGCUGUUUGAAUGUCUGUAUUCCCAGUGGUUCCUGUCACAGUUUCUACACAGGGCUAUUUUAUAAACUUGGAACAAAAUUAUAUUUUAGAAAAAAAAGACGUGUAUUAGAUAUUUUUGUUACCCUCAACGAGGCCUUUACGGGAGAGAUCAUAUAAUUUCUUUGAGGAAUGUUGCUGUAAAUGUAAAUAAAAAUGUGUAGUGUUCAUAAGCCUCGCUUCAAGAGCGGCAGGAAAAGUGGUAUUUAUUGAAUAUCUUUGUAUCUGUACUGUGUACAUACAUCAUUCUAUAUAAAUGUUCAGUUACUUGUAAAGACUGAUCUUAGAAAAUAAACAU